GUUUAUAUAAGGCAAAACGUGAUUAUUAGUGUUGAGCUUAGGAUAUGAAGGCUGUCGCGCGAUAAACCGUCUGGGGCAUAUGGUGGAGGGGAUCAUUUCUGGGACCGGUUGAUGUCACUCUUGGCGAUUUAGGACUCAGCCUCCUCGGCGACUUUAAGGACAAGAUCGUCGGUUGACUCACCGGCCGUCUCCUUGACAAAUAACACUUUAACGAAGAUUGUAUUAAACGGGCUCUCAACCGAUGCUCAAUAAAGCCCUAUUAAGGCUUCAUGUCUUCACUUUUCUAGAUGCCUUUAAGCCGUAUGAAUUUUGGACAGAAAAUGGCAAAACUAAGAAGGGCGCAUAUAUUCCGUGUUUUGAUAGUAUGUAUUGUAUGCGGUACCUUUUUAAGACUUAUUAUUCAGACAAAUGAUAAACAUAGCGUUACAUAUGCAACAAAUGGUUGCUCUAUUCCGAAAUUGGAUCCUUUCGACGAAUCCAUUCGUUCGUAUUUGGAUAAACCUACCCCGUUGGUUUGUAAUUCAACUUUAUAUCUAAUAUACCAGAUGGAUAAUGGCACACUAGCGUUCAAUGAAAGUCUUUUGCGAAUCAUGAACAUCAAAGAAUCUACUAUACAAUGCUUCUCACAGGAAGUUAUACGUAAAAACGGUGACGGGGCUAUUACAAUGAGUUUUGAACAUAUUCUGGAACCACCGACAAGACCAACGUUUGAUUUUAUCAGCGUUAAAUGCUACCGCAACGGAACAAAGAAAAUGCUGUUUCAUCAUAUAUUCACAAACAUCGCUCCAGAGUCUGUUCACCGCGAAACACCCGUGGAAGACGAGUCGCCACAUCAUAUGAGCGUCAUUCUGUUUUGCAUCGAUUCAGCCUCACGGUCUUCCGCCAUUCGUAGACUUCCGAAGACAAUGGAAAUACUGAAAGAUCUUAAAGCGUACGAUUUCAAAGGUCACGUAAAAGUUGGUGAGAACACACUUCCGAAUAUGAUACCACUGUUGACGGGAUUAAAUGUCUCUGAAUUACCUGCGGUUAAAACAUUCGAUUCAGUAUCAUUUCUGUGGAACAAUUAUUCAUCAAACGGGUAUGCAACCUUUUACGCUGAAGAUAAACCGGAAUAUGAUACUUUCAAUUACCGAUUUAGAGGUUUUAAAAAUCCUCCCACUGAUCACUACAUGAGGCCUUUUCAGUUAAAACUGAGGGAAAUUCAAAAGAAAGCAUACCCACAUAUCAACGAGUUUUGCUAUAAUGGAAAGUCAAGGCACUCGACUCAAAUCAACUAUUUGAAACAGUUUCUGAGUCGGUACAAGAAGAAGCGUCGAUUUGCGGUGUCUAUGAUCAGCGUAUUAUGCCAUGACAAUGAGCACAACCUUCAGCACGGCGACACCGACUUGAGCGAGUUUGUUUUAUGGGUGAAAGGGGAAGAGCAUUUAAAAAAUACAGCACUGCUCAUUUUCGGGGACCAUGGGCAAAGAAUCAGUAAUAUAAGACGCACGUCUGUAGGAUAUUUAGAAGAUCGAAUGCCAUUGUUACAGAUUCUUAUGCCAGAUGAUUUCAAGAAAAGGUUUUCAAGGGCACAUACGUCUUUGCUAACUAAUACGCAAAGAUUAACAACGCACUUUGAUUUGUACCGAACUCUUACUGACAUAUUGGAGCAGAAAAUUAUGACACCAUCCUCUUCACUCAAUAAAGGCAAGACCCGUGGAAUAAGUCUCUUUAAAGAUAUUCCUUCAACUAGAACGUGUGAGGACGCGUUGAUUCCGGUCAAGUAUUGUGUAUGUGGGUCAACAGCGCAGGAAUCAGCGACAACCAGUUUGGCAAGAACACUGGCAAAGACGGGCGUGAAAAGAUUAAACAAGUUUGUGUCGACGGAAGAAAGUUGUGCUAUCCUGGCGCUCCAUAACAUAACAUCAGUUCGAAAAUAUAUCAUGGCAUUGGACGAUACAAACAUGCCAAAAAAUACAUUGUCUCCAAUUGUGGGCUCAAGUGCUUCAGGACGAUAUAUUGUGCAAUUUCUAACAACACCAGGAUUUGGUAUGUUCGAAGCUACUUUUAGCGUUUAUUCCGAUGACAGUGUACACGUUAAUGGAAACAUAGAUCGGAUUAAUGUAUAUGGUAACCAGUCAGCCUGCAUAAGAGAGAAAACACUACUUCAAAAGUAUUGUUAUUGUGUAAAAAUAUAUGACAAACACACAAUGCAGGGAUCUACAUAGUGAAGUACAUAUCUGUUGAACUUAUGUUUGUUAACCUAAUUGAUUAUUCAAUGGAGAUUACUUGUACAAGCUGAAGAGCUAAAAUGUACUUUCUUAUAUUACUAGUAUGUUAAUCUAAAAUGCGAACAGACGAACAGGCAAUAUGGAGACAACUGGUACAAGAUAAAGAGCCUAACAUAUAAAAGGUAUCUACCCAGUUCUCCAUAUACACUAGCAGUACAAGUGUUAGUUUUAGCAAGUAAUACCCUUUUACAGAACUUCAAAAUGCGUUCGUUUUAUUUCUUUCGAUUUUGUAUAACCCCAUAUUUCACUUGAAUAUUUUAAUAUAGAUCCUACAAAAGCAUCAAACGACCGACACAAUAUAUGAGCCUUAAAAUUGUAUUCUUUACAUUUAUACAAUAAUACAUUUAAAGCCUUAAGAGCUUUAUCCGCUAAAUAUUCUUGGUCUAAUGCAUACAUAAUUAAUUAAUUAACAGUAUAGUUUGAAACAGUUUUUAAGUAGUUAAAAUCACUAACAACUUUUAUGUUAGCCCAUCAAUCAUACGUCCAGUUUUCAUUCGGAAACAACAACACCGCGCUUACGGAAAACCAUGCUCUUGGUUGAAUCAGUGUUUACUUUAAUACCCCAUGUGUUACAAUCGUGUUGAAAUUCAGUUUUUUUGUCCUAAAUUGCCAUAUCAUCGGCAAAAAGUAACAUAUUUAAUAAACCUUAUCUAAGUUUAAAAUUGAAUCAACGCUAUCUUGUAAAAAAACAAUUCUAGGUCUUCAACAAAUAUAGAAAACAGUAUUGUUAAGAUUUUUAAUUUUAUUUUUUACAAAGUAAUUUAUCCUGAGGCUUGGUGUAAAUGCGUCAUGGUUCCUAUCUUUAAGAAAGGUGAUCGUCCUUGUGCUGCUAACUAUAGAGGGAUAACAUUAAUACAUAUUUUUGAUUACAUAUUUUCAAUUACCUUACGGAAUAGAAUAAAGUGGUGUGAACGAAAACAUAUAUUAAACUCAUCUUAAUUUGUUCUCUAUUUCAAUGCAAGAGAUAGCUGUAGCACAACUGCUUGUAUUUUUAUAGUACAUACUAUUAUUCAGAAUGUUAUUAAAAAUAAAUCCAAGUUGUAUUGUGCUUUUAUAGACUACGAAAAAGCGUUUGAUACUGUCAUACAGGAAGCGCUUUGGAAUAAACGUUUGAAAUCUGGAAUGAGUUGCAAAAUGCUUAAAAUGAUUCAAGCUAUUAAUCUCAAUAUUAAGUCUUGUGUAAAGAUUCUGCUUGUAUGUCAUUUCUGAAAUGUUUAAUAUUACUCAUGGUGUUAAGCAGGGCGAACACUUGUCUCUAGUAUUGUUUAUAUUAUUUAUAAAUGACAUUAAAGAUUGUAUAGAUUUUACCAACAUUACGGAAGAAUACAUACGAUUGAUAUCCAUAUGUAUGCUAUUAUUAAAUGGAUUUGAAUAAAUCAGACAAACCAUACAAUAACUUAUUGUUUAUUAUGUAACAAAACGAAACAACACCAGCAAUGCGAUUGUCCAUAGCAUGGCAAUAUACAUAUAUAGUAAAGAGAUUAUCAGAGUGGCGUAAAUGGUCAUGUGGCUUGUGACGUAAAAUCCCGGCACCAGUUGAACAAGUUAUGCGUAUCGAAAGUGAAAAUUUUUCGCCGUGCAUACACGUACAGUAAAACAAACAGACGUCCCUGACUUGACACAUGUUUUGAAUGGGCAGAAAAACACCACGCGGUUUUCUGCCACAUGCAAGUCUGGGGACUGACACGGAAACUAGCUUGACACAUGACUGGCCAGUGAACCAGAGCACUGGCACCUGCAUGCAAGCGUACAUUUAUACACAUGACACAACAAGCUUGACACAUGUCUGGUCGGUGAACCAAAGCACCGGCACCUGCAUGCAAGCGUACUUACACAUAGACACGUUUAACACAUUUACAGCACGGCGUUACCUAACUAAU